AUGUAUAAUUCUGAACAAGUUAAUAUUGAUUCUACACACACAACAAUCGAUGUAAACAAAAAUGAUAAAAAGUUUACGCAACCAACAACAUAUACGCUUGCAUUAAAUUCAAUACAAAAAUUUGAUGGAAGUGGUGACCCAGAACUUUGGUUAAAACAUUUUAUGGAAAAAUUUGACUCCUUACAACUUACACGUCGUGAACAAUAUGAAUUAAUUCCGGAUACAUUGACUGGUGAAGCACUUAUUUGA